AUGAGUGGUGGAGCAAUGAAGGAUACGAUGGAAAAGAAGGUUUUACAAGCUGGCGAUGAGCAGGUGAAGAGUCGACUAGAAAUGUUGCGAUCCAAAAGCUCUUUGCACCGGGCGAUUUGUAAGAAACGUGGUAGUGGUGAUGGGGUAGCCAAAGUUCAGAAAUUGAGGAUUAGACACAAGUUUGCUUCUCCCACAGAUAGUCUUCUUUCGCCUUGUUCACAGAAACUGACUCAACACAAGGCCAAGUUGUUUGUGGCUAAAUCUAAUCCCACGAAGUUGAAUUUUGCUACAAAACACCAACAAAACUCUGAUGAGGAUGAGGAUGAGGAUGAUUGA